AUGCCAACUGAAGUUGAGUUCUUAUCUGAGGAAGAGAUCCGUCUGAGGAGCUCGGAGAUGCUAGCUAAUGAUGAAAUGCAGUAUUUGCUGAGAACUUUCAAUGUGGGUGUUGGGGUUGGGGCGUUUAGCCAUUCUGAAGAGGCAUGCUAUAACUACAAUGCUGGUUAUGAGCCUCAGCCGGAUUGCAGAUUCAGCAGAGAUAGUGGCCGGAGUUCCGGGAAAGCAGUUGUCGGCUGGCUUAAGCUGAAAGCAGCUUUGAGGUGGGGUAUAUUUGUGAGGAAAAAGGCAGCGGAGAGGAGAGCUCAGCUGGUGGAAUUGGAUUGAAUGGGACUCGGCCUUGUGUAUUCGUGGGUGAAUUGAGAUAAUCUCCAGCUCUGUUGCAUUUGUUUGUGGGUGUCUUGAGUUCAUGUAUGUAAGAUUAAGGGGAAAUUCUGUUUGUUAAGGAAUUGUUCCCUUCUUUUCUCUGUAUUGUUUUGCUCCUCAUUCUUGUUUUUAAGGGAAAUGUAUUUCUGUUUUCCUCAAUUCUUUUUUUGUAUUUUUCAUGAAUGCCUUGGGGCUUGGCUAGAAAAGGAAAUACUUCAUCUUGUGUGA